AUGAGUGCUGUUGAGAAUAAAGAAAAUAUCCAGGAGCCACCAAACAAGAAACUCUGCAAGAUGCCAGUCGAAUCUGUAAUGAUGCAGUUUGCCAAACUGUCAAAAAAUGCAUUUUCUCCAACACGAGGAUCCAAAUUGGCCGCUGGAUACGACUUGUAUAGUGCUUAUGAUUACAUAGUUCCAGCAAAAGGGAAAGUAAUAGCAAAAACAGAUAUUCAGAUAGCAUUACCAAAUGGAUGCUAUGGAAGAGUUGCACCAAGAUCUGGUCUUGCAGCAAAACAUUUCAUUGAUGUAGGAGCUGGUGUGAUAGACCAAGACUACAGAGGAAAUGUGGGAGUUGUUCUAUUCAACCAUGCAGAUCAAGAUUUUGAAGUGAAGAAAGGUGACAGGAUAGCUCAGCUUAUUUGCGAGAGAAUUUACAUUCCAGAGCUACAGGAAUGUCAGGAUUUAGAUAAGACAGACCGCGGAGAUGGUGGAUUUGGGUCAACGGGAAAAAACUGA